AUGUCGAGCUUUGAGGGAAAAGUGAUUGCCAUCACAGGGGCGGGCUCCGGUCAGGGGCGGGUAUUUGCUCAGUUGCUAGCCAAGCGAGGAGCACUUGUCUCCUUGGCCGACGUGAAUGAAGAGGGACUCGCGGAGACCAUCAAAUCGCUGGAAAACUCGUCAUCGCACCUUACAACGACUGUCGAUGUGCGCAAGAGUGCUUCCGUUGACUCCUGGAUAGCCAAAACCAUGGACAAGUAUGGACGAUUGGACGGCGCCGCCAACUGGGCCGGUGUCAUUCGAGUUAAUCCGAUUGUGGAGAUGACUGAUGAAGACUGGAACUUUGUCAUGGACGUCAAUUCGACAGGCGUGUUCAACUGUAUUCGAGCUCAGCUUCGUGUCAUGAAAGAUGGAGCUUCCAUCGUGUCAGCGGCCAGCACUGAAGGACAAAUUGGGUGGCCAACAUUUACAGCCUAUUGCGCUAGCAAGCAUGCUGUCAUUGGACUGACCCGCAGCGCGGCCAAAGAACAUGUUGGAAUUCGGAUCAACUGCGUGGCUCCAGGUUGCACUGAUACCCCGAUGAUGGCGAAUGACACGGUGGAGAACUCGGACGAGAUUCGCGCUCAGAUUCAGAAACGCAAGGCGAAUCCACUGGAGAUCAUGAACGUGGCAGCCUUUCUGUUGUCGGACGAGGCGAGCUUUGUGACUGGAGCUGUAUAUAACGUGGAUGGAGGCUGGGUUUGUUAA